GUUGGAGUCCCCUGCAGAAGAGAGCCACCGUGCGGCAUGGCAGCCUGAGACCAACCGGAGGAGGAGGAGGAGGAGGUGGAGAAAGGGAGGAGGGAGAAAAGCGCUAUUUUUUUCUUCUUCUUCUUCCUCUCGAGUGCGUUUUUCUCUCCGUGAGACCGACUCGAGCCUGAACGGACUGUAUGUGGACGCGCUGUGGAGACGGAGCUCUGUGGAUUUAUACGCACUUUCGGAUACGAAACAAACCGCGACAGGAGUUUUUAAUUUGAGGAGAGGACCCGCGGAUCGAUGGGAGAAGACGGGCAGCCGGAGAGAAGCUCCCCCGCUGACAUAAGAGAGUGAGGAGAUUACAGUAGAAGCUCAGAGGAGGCGAACAACACACAGGCUUGAGCCGUCAGAGCCAUGAGCCGGGCGCUUAUGGACCACAUCGCCAGUAGUUUCCGAGAAGAUGCCCCUCGACCCCCGGUGCCUGGGGAGGAGGGCGAGGCGCCCUGCUACCCCGGCAAACUCGCAGUGAUGAAAACCGCGGAACCCCCCAGGUCGGUUCUCUUCGCCUCUCCGGGCUCCUCGGCGAGGAGGAACGAGGAUGGUCUUGGGGAGCCCGAGGGGAGUGCAUCCCCGGAUUCGCCGCUCUCCCGGUGGACAAAGUCUUUGCACUCUCUCCUCGGGGACCAGGACGGUGCUCUUCUCUUCAGGACAUUCCUGGAGCGGCAGAAAUGCGUCGACACGUUAGACUUCUGGUUCGCCUGUAAUGGCUUCAGGCAAAUGGACCUCAAGGAUACCAAAACGCAGAGAGUCGCCAAAGCAAUUUACAAGCGCUACAUCGAGAACAACAGCAUUGUCGCCAAACAGCUGAAGCCCGCGACUAAAACCUACAUACGGGAUAAUAUCAAGAAGCAGCACAUAGACUCUGCCAUGUUUGACCAGGCGCAGACCGAGAUCCAGACCAACAUGGAGGAGAACGCGUACCAGAUGUUUUUGACCUCUGACAUUUACCUCGAGUACGUGAGGACUGGAGGAGAAAACCCCAACCACGUCAACUCAAACGGGCUGGGCGACCUGAAAGUUGUGUGUGGAUACCUGCCCACGCUCAAUGAAGAGGAGGAGUGGAGUUGUGAUUUCAAAGCCAAAGCGCUGGUUGGACUGUCAGCGAAGGUGCACAGGGCCCCCGUGUCCAUGAGGGCGGUGGAGGUGAUGGAGGGGGGAUACAGAUCAUACAAAAGAGGAGACUCGUUCAACCCCUGCCACAUGGGCUCUUUUGCCCCUGUCAGCAGCACCAAUGACAGUGAGGUGUCCAGUGACGCUUUGACCGACGACGCCAUGUCCGUGACUGACAGCAGUGUGUAA